UUCAUUGCUGUUAAGGAUGGUUUCGAUAGUCUGACAAUAAAUAGACCAGGAUAUCGUUGUGUCAACUGCGUCUAUAAAAAGAGAGUACUUCUUCAAAACAACUCUCUGCUUCAAAGACGUUCGGCAACCUGCGAAUUCGGGCAGUGGCAAUCAACACUAGUAGGAUGAAUUGGCUAUAUACACCCGCACUGGUACUUUUGGUUCAUGGACUGGCUCUAUUCAACUGUAUUCCGUUGCCAAACAAAGCGCGUGAAAAAGACAAGGAAAACAAACCAGGCAAUCGCUUUGGAUUAAAAAAAGCAGCCAAUUAUCUAAAAAGUUUCGGUUAUACACCAGAUGACUUUAGCGAUGAAGAUCCAACAGAGGACGGAAUUAAGGAUUUUCUUACAAGUUUCCAAUCCUACGCUGCCAUCCCCGUAACAGGGACACUUGAUAACACAACAGUAGCAAAAAUGAAAGAAUCAAGAUGUGGAAUGCGUGAUCCAAGAAAAGUAUUCAAGAUAAAAGGGAAGCGACAGAGGCGGUAUGUUCUACAAGGAGGUGAUUGGCUGCAUAAACUAGGGCCCGAUAGAAAGUUAACAUGGAAAGUAAUCAACGGUGGAAGCUAUAUAAACAAAGAGUUAACACGAAAAAUUAUGUUUGAUUCAUUUGCAAAAUGGUCCAAAGCAGCUAAUUUGCACUUUGAAGAGACAACAAGCGAUGAUGCAGACAUUCUUGUCUCCUUUGCUGCUGGCAGUCAUGGAGAUUUUUAUCCAUUCGAUGGAAGAGGGGGCACGCUGGCCCAUGCUUUUUACCCAUUUCCUGGAGCAGCAAUCAGUGGCGAUGUUCACUUUGAUAACGAUGAACACUUUACAUACAGAAAAGAUUUUGGUACUGAUAUCAUGUGGGUCGCUGUACACGAGGUUGGACACAGUCUCGGUUUGGAACACUCUGACAGACUUGAAGCCAUUAUGUAUCCUUGGUACAGGGGGUCGACCGGCAAAGAUUUUGAUCUGACAAAUGAUGAUGUAAGAGGAAUCCAGCACAUAUAUGGCCCAGCUCUGAACCCAACAACAGUUCCAGCAACAACGACAAAGCAAGCAACAACAACUACAAAAAUAGUGGAACCACCAGUUCCAACUGAAAAAUCUACAACGAUUGCUCCUACCGCUCCUCCUACUGAAGCCACAACUGCUGCCCCAACGGAUGCUCCAACUGCUGCCCCAACAGAUGCCCCCACUGCUGCCCCAACUGCUGCCCCAACGGAUGCUCCAACUGCUGCCCCAACAGAUGCCCCCACUGCUGCCCCAACGGAUGCUCCAACUGCUGCCCCAACAGAUGCCCCCACUGCUGCCCCAACGGAUGCUCCAACUGCUGCCCCAACGGAUGCCCCCACUGCUGCCCCAACGGAUGCUCCAACUGCUGCCCCAACAGAUGCCCCCACUGCUGCCCCAACAGAUGCCCCCACUGCUGCCCCAACGGAUGCUCCAACUGCUGCCCCAACAGAUGCCCCAACUGCUGCCCCAACAGAUGCCCCCACUGCUGCCCCAACGGAUGCUCCAACUGCUGCCCCAACGGAUGCCCCCACUGCUGCCCCAACAGAUGCCCCCACUGCUGCCCCAACGGAGGCUCCAACUGCUGCCCCAACAGAUGCCCCCACUACUACCCCCAAAACUACACCUGUGAAAACCCCCGAACCCGUUGAGCCAACAAAUCCGAGCUGCAUUCCCAGUAUAGAUGCAGCUGUUGUUGCUCCUGAUGGAUGGGUGUAUAUAUUUUCAGGACAUUCUUUUUUCCUGAUUUCACGGCGGGGACUGGAGUAUGGUCCUUUCAAAGUCAAUACCUAUUUCUUCGGGAUCACUGAUACAAUAACGGCAGCUUUUAGAAAAAAGGAUGACAGCCUUGUGCUGUUUACUGGAGACAAAUAUUACAUAUAUAAUGGAUAUGUAAGAAUAGCAGGCCCAGGGCCAGUAACAGACUUCGGACUGCCAUCUGGUACUAAAGUUGAUGCAGCACUUGUUUGGAAUGGAAACUCAAAUGCUGAUUGGGAAAGAGGGGAUAAAGUCUAUCUAUUCUCAGGAGUAAUGUACUUCAGACAUGAUGUAAGAACAGGAACAAUUGACAGUGGCUACCCGGCAGUGAUCAGCGAAAGAUGGCAUGGUCUUCCCUCUGAAGUAAAUGCUGCAUUUUCUGGUUACUCCUCAUUUGGCUUCACAUGGCAAACUCAUUUCAUAUCCAAAAACCAAUUCCUCAUAUUCGAUGACAGGCGAGUUCAAGUUAAAGAUAGCUAUCCACAACCGAUGAAGGAGUUAUUAAAAUGCUGAACUGUUACUACUGGCUUUGUACUUCCUUUAUCGAUCAACUUGACUUUUUUGUACCAAUUCCUACCAAUGUAGGAAGAUUUUAAAAUGUGUAUCUUCUUUUUGCACGAAGUCAAUCUCUUUUAAAGAUAUUUAAUCAUUUUCCCGUAUAAUACUCCUUCACAAUAA